AUGUAUAUCAGGUCCACACACCAGUGCAACUCCACACAGUGCAACAACUCCACACAGUGCAACAACUCUACACAUUGCAACAACUCCACACAGUGCAACAACUCCACACAGUGCAACAACUCCACACAGUGCAACAACUCUACACAAGUAUAUCAAGUCGACACACAGUGCAACAACUCCACACAGUGCAACAACUCUACACAAGUAUAUCAAGUCGACACACAGUGCAACAACUCCACACAGUGCAACAACUCUACACAAGUAUAUCAAGUCGACACACAGUGCAACAACUCCACACAGUGCAACAACUCCACACAGUGCAACAACUCCACACAGUGCAACAACUCUACACAAGUAUAUCAGGUCCACACACCAGUGCAACGCCACACAGUGCAACAACUCCACACAGUGCAACAACUCUACACAAGUGUAUCAAGUCGACACACCAGUGCAACUCCACACAGUGCAACAACUCCACACAAGUAUAUCAGGUCCACACACAAGUGCAACGCCACACAGUGCAACAACUCCACACAGUGCAACAACUCUACACAAGUAUAUCAAGUCGACACACCAGUGCAACUCCACACAGUGCAACAACUCCACACAAGUAUAUCAGGUCCACACACCAGUGCAACGCCACACAGUGCAACAACUCCACACAGUGCAACAACUCUACACAAGUAUAUCAAGUCCACACAUCAGUGCAACUCCACACAGUGCAACAACUCCACACAAGUAUAUCAGGUCCACACACCAGUGCAACGCCACACAGUGCAACAACUCCACACAGUGCAACAACUCCACACAGUGCAACAACUCCACACAAGUAUAUCAGGUCCACACACCUGUGCAACUCCACACAGUGCAACAACUCAAAACACCAGUGCCACAACUCUACACAGUGCAACAACUCCACAUAUCAGUGCAACAACUCAAAACGCUAGUGCAACAAUUCCUCAAAUCAGUGCAACAACUCCUCACAUCAGUGCAACAACUCGACACAUGAUUGCAACAACUCCACACAUCAGUGCAACAACUCCUCACAUCAGUGCAACAACUCGACACACAGUGCGGCAACUCCACACAGUGCAACAACUCUACACAAGUAUAUCAAGUCGACACACCAGUGCAACUCCACACAGUGCAACAACUCCACACAGUGCAACAACUCCACACAAGUAUAUCAGGUCCACACAUCAGUGCAACUCCACACAGUGCAACAACUCCACACAGUGCAACAACUCCACACAGUGCAACAACUCUACACAACUCUACACAAGUAUAUCAAGUCGACACACCAGUGCAACUCCACACAGUGCAACAACUCCACACAAGUAUAUCAGGUCCACACACCUGUGCAACUCCACACAGUGCAACAACUCCACACAGUGCAACAACUCCUCACAUCAGUGCAACAACUCGACAUACAGUGCAACAACUCCACACAUCAGUGCAGCAACUUCUCACAUCAGUGCAACAACUCAAAACACCAGUGCAACAACUCCACAUAUCAAUGCAACAAGUCCACACAUCAGUGCAACAACUUCACACAUCAGUGCAGCAACUCCACACAUCAGUGCAGCAACUCCACACAUCAGUGCAACAACUCCACACAUUGGUGCAACAACUCCACAAAUAAGUGCAACAAUUCCACAAAUUAGUGCAACAACUCAACUGUGA